GUUGGAAAUUCUGGAAGUCGAGGAAGUCGUUUUUUAGGAGGAUUGAUGGUCAUCUGACGUUCGAGUGGGGGUUAUUACGUCUCCAGCUGACUCAUAAGGUCUGAUUGUUUCCUCAGGGCUUGGAGUAUUUUCAUAUCAUCAGAUUAUGUGAUCCCUCCCCCAAAAUGGCGACUCACAUUCUGCUGUUCCUCCUCGCCUCCCUCAUCUCCUCGACAACGACUUCCGACAUAACCAGCGCAGUAUUCGGAAAUGUUCUCGAUGGAAUGCCCGCCGCCUUCGGUGAUUUCAACUCGGACGAAUUGACAGAUGUAUUCGUCCUGCGAAAGAACGCAACAACUCUGGAGAUUCUCCUGGCCUCCGACCAGGAGCCCCUCCUGCGUCCAGCGAACCUCACCUGCACCUUCAAGAACGUUGUGACGAGUGUAGUCCCAGGGGACUACGAUGGCGACGUCUUCAUGGACAUCCUGGUGACCACGUACAGCCGACAGGACGCGCUGACGCACGUCCACGUCAUCUGGGGCGGUCCAGGGCCGAUGAACUGCUCGAACGAGGAGACGCCGUUACUGAAAAUGAAGGGCCAGCCCCUCACCAUCGACUACAACCAGGACAUGAUAAUCGAUCUAUUUGGCUCUGACGAGUCCAACAAUCGAACCUUCUGGAUCUUCAAUCACAAUCGAACGAAACCCGAGGCCAUCCCCAUGAUCUCCAAUCGCCCCAUAGACCUGGAGCCCAUUCGCGCUUAUCAUUCCAACGCUUUUCUAGACCUCAAUGGGGACUACUAUCCAGAUCUCAUGAUAACGACAGACAACCACUUCGAGAUCUGGAAUGGUGGAGCCAAGGAGUUCAGGUACUCCAAGGGGGUCGAUUGGCCGAAGCAAAAGGGGGAAUCGACUUUUGGACACGUGGGACAGGCGCUGUAUCUUGAUGUCGAGUUGAAGGGACAGGUUGACCUGAUAGUCCCCACCUGUACAGACGACACCUGUAAGAAAAGUUCUAUUCUGGUGUACAACGGUGACUGGCAGGACCUCCAGAUUGACUUCAGGGACAAGCAGGGUGUCCUCUGGGGCUUUGUCUCCCGUAAAUUCAACGCCAGGCGUUACACAGACACAAUAACCCUCCGUGGAGGGGAUUUCAAUAUGGACGGCUACCCCGAUCUACUCGCUACCCUCCAGUCGGAGAAAUCCGAGAUAAAGUCCUUCCUGUUGUUGAAUACUCCCUGCUCAACUUGUGGAAGAGUCAACAGGACGUUCGAGGUCCACUGGACAGCCCUCAAUCCCUUCUACAACGAAACAGUGAUGGCGGUGUUCUACGAUUUCUAUCAGGACGGCAUUCUGGACGUUAUUCUUGUCAAGUAUGACAAGGCAAAGGACGUCUACACUACCGGGGCCUUCAAGAACAGUCUCGACUAUGACGCGAAUUUCGUGAAGGUCAUGGUACUGACGGGUCUGGAGAACAGCAAGUACCCCAUCUCCCCGGGGAGCUUGGGGAAGAAGAAGAGGACUUAUGGGACCAAUUUACCGGGUCCGUCUAUUGCUUACAAUACGACCACUCAGGAUGGCAGCCCGAGGAGUGCCAUUGCUGCUCAAUUACCCCAGAGCGCACAUUUCUCCCUUAAUUUGCCGUACACCACCUUCGGACUGGGGAGAACUCCCAAUUUUGUUGAUCAGCUGACGGUUCGGUUGGCUGGUAAAUCCCGCGAGUGGCCCCAGAUAAUCCCCAAUUCCCAGAUGGUGGUAAUUCCAAAUCCAAUAAAGGACCCGACGAGGUGGAAGGCGCAGUUAUUCGUAACCCCAAGUAAAUUAAUUCUCCUCAGUGCAGCUGCACUGGCUGCCACGUGUAUAUUGAUAUCAGCGAUAAUAGGUGGACUCUACUGGAAAGAACGACGAGAGGAUAAAAUCGAGAGGCUGCAAGAGGCACACAGAUUCCACUUCGACGCAAUGUAGAUAUUCUCAUAACUCUAACUAAAAUAAUUGUAAUUAGACUUAAUCGAUAUUUAAUUACUAAAUAAAAAAAAUUACUCUUCA